AUGUCAGGGGACUCGGUGGUCGUAGGCUCCUUUGUGGCCGCAGACUAUUUGGUGUUUGCUCUCAUGCUCCUUGUGUCUGCUGCCGUCGGGGUGUACUAUGCCUGGGCGGACAGGGGCCAGCAAAGCUCUGGGGACUUCCUAAUGGGGGGCCGGAGACUGACAGCCCUGCCUGUCUCCCUGUCUCUAACCGCCAGCUUCAUGUCAGCCAUCACUGUGCUGUCCAACCCAGCCGAGGUGUACCGCUACGGAGCCAAUAUUGGAUUUUAUGGUCUCUCCUAUGUAUUUACAAUGGUGGUCACAUCCGAGGUCUUCCUCCCAGUCUUUUACAGGCUGGCUAUCACCAGUACAUAUGAAUAUCUGGAACUGCGUUUUAACAGAGCAACCCGUCUGCUGGGAACUGUGCUCUUCAUCGUUCAGACCAUCCUCUACACUGGAAUCGUCAUCUAUGCCCCAGCGCUUGCUUUAAACCAAGUGACUGGGAUGGAUCUUUGGGGUGCUGUUGUUUCCACAGGUGUUGUCUGUACCUUCUACUGCACAAUGGGCGGUCUGAAGGCGGUAGUGUGGACCGAUGUGUUUCAGCUUGGUGUCAUGGUUGCAGGCUUCCUGUCUGUCAUCAUCAGGUCCGUGGUCGUACAGGGGGGAGUCCUCCCCAUCAUUUCAGAUUCACAACAAGGAGGGAGACUCAACUUUUGGGACUUUGACACAAGCCCUCUGAGGAGACACACUUUCUGGACCAUAACCUUUGGAGGGGCAUUUGUGUGGAUCAGUAUUUAUGGGAUUAACCAGGCCCAGGUCCAGAGAUACAUCUCCUGCAAGAGCAUCACACAUGCCAGACUAUCUCUGUACAUCAACCUGUUGGGCCUUUGGUCCAUCUUGCUGUGCUCAGUGUUUGCAGGAAUGUGUCUCUUCUCAGUCUAUAAGAACUGCGACCCAUGGAGCGCUGGAUUGGUUUCUGCCCCAGAUCAGUUGAUGCCUUAUUUGGUGAUGGACAUCCUGCGAGACUUCCCCGGCCUUCCUGGUCUGUUUGUUGCAGCUGCAUAUAGUGGAUCUCUCAGCACAGUGUCCUCCAGCAUCAAUGCACUGGCUGCAGUGACCGUGGAGGACCUGAUCAAACCCUACACUGACAUGUCUGAGAAACAUCUGUCCUGGAUCUCAAAAGGGCUGAGUAUCAUGUUUGGGCUUUUAUGCAUUGGAAUGGCAGGACUGGCUUCCACCAUGGGAGGGAUCCUGCAGGCCGUUAUCAGUAUAUUCGGCAUCAUUGGAGGUCCUCUGCUUGGCUUGUUUACAUUGGGUAUCCUCUGUCCAUUUGCCAACUCCAAAGGAGCUUUGUCAGGUAUUGUGUCAGGGUUGGUUGUGUCUCUAUGGGUUGGCAUCGGAGCACAGAUAUACCCCCCGCCUCUGGAGAUGAGCAGACCUCUGCCCCUAACCACUGAAGGCUGUAACUUCAGCAGUACAGGCCGCCUCAACUGGACCUCCACUGCUCCGCCAACACAGUCCACCUACAUCACCACAGUCCCAGUAGAGGGCAAGCCUGUGCUGGUGGGUCAUUGGUACUCUCUGUCCUACCUUUACUUCAGUCCAAUCGGAACCAUCAUAGCUAUCAGUGUGGGAUUGUUAGUCAGCCUAAUGACAGGAGGCAGGAAGCUGAAGGUGGAAUCCAGGCUUACAUUAAUGAAAGAAGACACAACUGUGUAUCACCUAUAUAAGUUCUUCAAAGACAGAGUCACGAGGCAAUCAGAAAAGCUUGAAAUGACGAGGGACAGAGAGGAAAAAAUUGGCAGCAACAAUCCUGCGUUCUGUGACGUUGAGCUGGACUUAACAAAAAGCAGCAUUUCAACAUAAAAUACAACUUGUGUUUUUCAAAGAGUUCUUACACAUGUAUGUCUUUAUGUGUGUUUUCAAAUCUGAAAUCUGUUAGAAUAAAAAAAUACACAUAGGAAAGCACUCAAGGCUGUUUUAUGUCUCUUCAUUGAGACAAAAGACCAACGUGCAAUGACUCAUCAAU